AUGGACGGAGCAGCAACUGAGAGGCAGGGAGGGCCUCUUGGCUUCCCCUCAGCUGUAUCUGGGUUGACGCCUCGCAGUGCUGCUGCUGCUGCUGCUGCUGCUUCUGCUGCUGCUGCUGCUGCACCUGCUGCUGCACCUGCUGCCGAGUCAAUGUCGGCGAAGCAGCAAACAGAUAUUCACGGAGGUCGGUCUUCGCCACGGCAGCAGCAGCAGCAGCAGCAGCAGCAGAAUCAUCAACAGCAGCAGCAGCAGCAGCAGCAGCAGCAGCAGAAUCAUCAGCAGCAGCCGCAGCAGCUGCAGCAGCAACAGCACCGCGGGUCCCUGCCUGUGGGUGCCCCCGAAAGAGGAGACGCAGCAGCAGCAGCAGCAGCAGCAACAGCAGCAACAGCAGCAGCAGCAGCAGCAGAUACACCGGAUCGUCACAGCGUUCCCAGCAGCAGCAACGAAGACAAUACACAGCGUAUACACCACCACUCUCACCAGCAUCAUCAUCAUCAGCAGCAGCAGCAGCAGGAGCAGCAGCAGCAGCAGCAGGGGGGUCCCCCGGGGGCCCCGGGGGCCCCGGGGGCCGCGGGGGCCCCGGGGGCCGUGGGGGCCCCGGGGCCCCGCCGGGGGCCCCCAACAGAAGAGGAAAGGCUGAGGAGGUGUUUCUCUUCUUUAUAA